AUGGAUCCCGACAGACGUCCCGAGGUCGCCAUGAUUACGGCCAUGAAAGCGAUUAGAACACCUGACAUAGACCGACCAAUUGAUCAACCAAAAUACCACAUCCCAGGGGAGGUUAACCACUGUGGCCAGCAUCUUCCAGCCAGCACUGUCAAUAUGCGCCGUGUUCUAGCAGAAAACGGGGCCAAGUACAAAGAUGUUGAUGACCUUUAUGAUGACCGAGAAAAUGGUUAUAGCGAUAAACGUCGCUAUGAUGACUACUACAAUCGCAUAGAAAACGAGUACUAUUCUGUACCUGAUGAUUACUACGAUGCUGUAGACGAUGCUCUAUAUGAUGUAGACGACGAUGACUACGAAGACUGUGAUUCAGACCACAUGUGUGUGAAAUACAUAACCGAUACGACGAGCGAAGAUUCCUCCUUCGGAAAUAACCGCGAAGAUGACUACGAUGUUUUUCUUGUUAAGGACUACAUUUGUAACGAGGAAAACUUUUACGACAUGGAUGAGGCCUCCGAAAAUGACAUCGACAGCGAACACUCUGACAGCGCUGGUGAUGAGGACUUCAGUUGGGGUAAUGAUGAGUUGGUCAACUUUACGUAUACUGGUAGCGAUUGGGACUACAAUUGUCGAGAUAAGCAAUACUGUUACGAAAUCGAUAACGAGUGUACUGAUGACGAAGACUAUUAUAACGGCAAAGAGUUAGACGUCGUUCACGACAGCGAUGAUGAUGGAUCUAUCAAUGGGGAUAAGCGUCGCUAUGACGACUUCUACAAUCGCCUCGAUACCGACUACUAUUCUGUGCUCGAUGAUUAUUUUAACAGAGAAAAUGAUGAAGACGACGAAUACUACGACCCUGAUUACGACUUCUGGUUUAUGAAAUACAUAAAACAUACAACGGACGAGGAUUCCUUCCAGGAUUGGAGUUCCCCUUCCGAUGUAGACAUGUCUGGUGAGCAGGAAGAACAAUACUAUGUCGACAUUGACUAUUCAUCUGGCGAAGAGACAUGA